AUGAUUUGUGACGGUUUCGAUGACCUCGACAGACAGUGCGCGGAAGGCGCACUGACGCUGGAGCCGCCGGCCAGUGUGCCGACACCUCGCCCUCCUGCCACGGCUGAGGAACGCCGAAGAAUUCAGGAGAAAUACCGGGAAAAAAUCAAAGAAAGAAAGAUUCGCAUCUACCAAAAUGCCUUGGAGGAGGUGAUUCGGAGGGAGAAAGCCAGUUCCAUGCGGCAAGUCGUCUUCAAAGUCCCCGUCCAAACACGCUUCGGUCAGAACGUCUGCCUCGUUGGGAGCGACGCGACCCUAGGUAGCUGGAUCGCCGAGCAGGCCGUGAACAUGAUUUGGACCCAGAACAACAUUUGGCAGUGCGAGCUCAAGUUUCCGAGAGAGACGACGCGCGUCGAGUAUAAAUACCUCAUCAAAGAAGGCAAUUACGUCAUCUGGGAGCCUGGACAGAACCACGUUCUAGAUCUCCGCCGUUUGCAGGAACUCGUCCAACCGAAUAUGUCGAGAGGUGUCGAGGCUGCACGGGUGAUUCAAGACUCCUGGGGCCGAGGGGAUGCCCAGGGCUUGUAG